UUAAAAGUUUACAUGUAAACACCGCAUUCCGUUUUCAAUAUUCAUUCUUUCCGUCUUCUGCGAACGCCUCAAAACAAUGGAGGCACAUAUUGCUGCUAAAAUGGCCGUAGGUUCAGGCGGCCUACUUUCCACCAUGCUUACCAGACUUCUCGGUCCGAAACUCGGAGCUUAUGUUUCUACAAGGCUCGGAACAGUCCUCGGCACCAGGCUCAGUGCCCUACUCGCCACAAAGCUUGGUGCAAUCAUUGGCACAAGUACUGCAACGUUGGUUGUUGGUAUGCUUUCAUGGGCGGUUUACCUUGGAAGCAUCGGAUAUUGUGCUUACGCGCUGAUCAAAUUAUUUUCUUUACACAGAGGGAUCGCUUACUCGUCAGAUGAGAGAAAAACUUCCUCGAGUCGUGCAAAUUACCAAAGUACUCCUGAGAGCACGAAUUCUUUGAAUCGUACAUCAGAAUAUUGGUAUGAUCCCACUUUCGAUCAAGUCGUCAAGUCUAGAAAUCCUCCGAGUCAAGAAGCGAUUCGUGUGAUCGGCAAUUUCCAAGAAGAUGGAUCGACUACGGAGGAGAUCUUUGAGCUGUUCAAAGCACAGCAACGCGAUGCCUUCAACCCGAAGUUCCGCUCCGAUGCGGGCAGCUACAACACGAGCGAUAAGCGCUCCAGUAGAGGUGGUUUCUACUCAUCCCAGGAGCCCAAAGACACAUUACAAGAUCGUCAUCCGAAUGUGUUCCUUCAAAAUGAGCAGAAUCCCAACAACAACAACGGGAAGGUUGAGAAUCUCUAUGCUUCAAGGAAUCAGUUCUGGAUGAGCAUCGUGGCUCCGGAGAAUUUCUCGUAUACGAUGGUUGCCCUGGCGAACAAUACACGUGAAGGACUUCUCCAUUCAUUGAUUAGACAUGGUCAUGAGUUCAAAUUUGGUGAAGAUCUUCUGGAUGCGCUUCCGGGAAAUCUGAAACAACUGGUGCAACAGCUCAGAAAGGAGAACAACCGCGAUCUGAAUAUUGUGCUAGAGAAGGAGAUUCAGAAAUUGUCCGAAUCGGAGUAUCGAGAUCUGCUCAAGCUCUUGGAAAAGUUCCAAACCUAUAUCCAGCAAAUCGUUCAACGCGGAAAUUACAUUGGUGAACGUGUGAACAUCAACGGCCAGAUGCAGGUUUACUGGAAAAUCAACGAUAAGGAAGUCCUGGUGACGGCUCUUUCUGAGCAGUUGUACUGUGGAAAUGUGCAGUAUGACGCUGGAGGAAGGGCUCGACCAAUUCGGAAAAUUAUCACUUGUUUUGUGACGAGUGCUGAAAAUGUUAGGUCACUUACAGUCAACAAGUGGCCAGUCACAAAGUUUUUCGGGAAUUAGCUUGUUCUUGAUUCUCAAAAGCUUAAAAUUUUUUCCUAUGAGAUUCUUAUUCCCACCCCAAUUCGUAAAUUUUCCUAGAUUCUCAUUCACAUUCUUGCAUACUUUUUCCUCAAAAUUAUAAAUCUCACUUGUUCUUAAAAUUUCGGUAAUAUUACUUUAUUCUUUUAUUUUUAUUUCAGCUAGUUUUCCAUUGAAAUGUUUUUGUUGUUUUUGUUACUUUAAGCGUUAUAAAAAAUUGUUAACCAACAAA